CCAGAACCUCGUCGAUCCUCGCGAAGCACAAAAGGCUUUCAUUCCGCGCUACAAAAAGAGCCUUCUCCAGAACCUGUCGCGGAAGCUGCGCCUAAAAAGCGCGCUCGAUCGUCAGCACCAGCGCCCUCUCGCAAGAAAUCAAAGGCCAAGAAACCGCUGAAAGACAGCAAUUCAAGCGAACAUGAAGAAGACGCAGACUACGACGAAUCAGUCACCAGAUGCGUCUGCGGUGUUGAAGAAGACGAGGAUAAGCCUCUGAUGGCCCAGUGCGAGAAGUGCGAGGUCUGGCAGCACACAGAGUGCACCAUGGGCGUCACCGACGAGAAAGACGUCCCUGAACAAUACUUUUGCGAGCAGUGCCGUCCUGACCUGCACACUUGGUAUUUCGAUCACAAGAAGAAGGAAGAGGAAGCAAAAGCGGAGCAGGCAUCAAAACGACGUAAACCAUCACCAAAAGAAAAACCUCCACCACAAACCUCCCGCCGGAAAUCGUCUACCACUGUCCCACCCGCUCCAGCACCUGCUGAACCUGCAAGCUCAGAAAAACCGCGAUCUAUCGACUCGAUCUCCGACAAUGUACGCAAAUCGGUCGCCAAAGCCCUCUUCGGUAUUCUCCAAAAAGCAGCGACAGAAGCAGUCGCAAACAAGUCUCUCACAUUAUCCGGAGAAGGUGAAACCGCGUCAACAUUCGCCGAGAGUCUGACUCUUGAUAUCGAGCACGCACUAUACGAGCACUUUGCGACAAAAGAAUCAAAAGACCCCGGCCACAGGUAUCGCGACAAGUUCAGGACUAUUUCGUUCAACCUCAAAGAUGCAAAGAACUCUUCGCUGCGCGCUCGAGUACUUUCCGGAGAGAUUGCACCGAAUCACAUUGUUGUCAUGUCACCAGACGAGCUCAUGAAUCCUGAACUACAGAAACUGGCAGAAGCUGUGCGGAAGGAAAGUAUUUCACAAAGCACCCUGCAAAAGACCGAGGCUCCGCGAAUCAGACGAACGCACAAAGGUGAAGAGUUUGUCGGCGACGUCGAUCCCCUACAUCCUGACUCAAACACCCAGGUCGGCUCGACUGAAGAAGACUUAGACAGCAAGAGUCCUUUUGUUGGUGGAGGUGGUGGUGGGCCGAGCAUCUCUGCCCACGCCCCUACUGACGACGAUCGACGAUCUGUUUCGCCAUUCUCAAGCGGACGAUCGUAUUCGCCCGAUUUCAGAUCCGACUACUCGUCAGUCUCGCCGCGUGGCGAUGACUUUGACAUCGACUCUGACGCCGACAUUGAUCGACUGAUCAACUCUGAUAUCGAAGAGGAGGACACUGCGCAAAAAAACGAGCCUGAAGAUUUCGACUCAACCUACUCACCAACCCUCACAAAAGUCGACCUGACUGUCUGGAAAGGAACAAUCAACAUGCUCUCGGUCGCCACUUUUCACGCCAAAGGAGUCCAGGUCGGCGGCCCGGAGUUUGACGGCUACAAAAAGUCAUGGAGCGACGUCGUCCCGACCGCGAUCGAUAUCGACGGCCGUCUUGCGCGCGAUCGCGCGUCAAGCUAUCUGUUUAGCGUAUCGCAGACGCGAGACCUUGUCGGCAUCAAGUUUUCCCCGCAAAGUCCGCGCGGCCAAGACGGCUUCGACAAGCUGUACGAGUAUUUCCGCUCCCGGGAUCGCUACGGCGUCAUGCGAAACAAGUUUCCGGCCGUCAAGGACGCGUAUCUGGUUCCGUUGCAGCCCGGGGAUGCGAAACCG